AUGCCACAGCAGCUCCUCUCCAUAUCCGCAAUGCUGCUGGUCUGGCUCAGCAUCCUCAGCCUCGCCACUGGAGCUUGGGCCGACCCUCCGAGUCCGAAAACCGGCGGUUACCUGACUGCGGCGGAGUGGAAGCCCUUUUGCCGGACAGAGAAGUCAACGGGCAUCUGCGAGGGCCGGGGCACAACAUUUACCAAUCAUAUCGCCGGUGGAGAGGACAUGCCGCUUCCUGGCCAUGGUAUCCCUGUGCAGAUGGCAGUUCGGAACUCUCCUGCUACGCCUGCUCUUGGCGUGGCGGAGUGGAAGCCCUUUUGCGAGACGGAUAGGUCAACGAUCAUCUGCAAGCGCCGGAGCAUCAAAUGUAGCCCAACUGGAGAGCUGCUCAUGUCGCCGAAAAUUGACGAUGCUUGGUGUUCAAGCCACUGCGCGUGCCGCGAGAUAAUCCCGGCCGUCACCCCUGGCGUUGCAGUCAAGAAUCCUGUCGCCGGUGGAGAGGACAUGCCGCUUCUUGGCCACGGCAUCCCUGUGAAGAUGGAAGUCCUGGACUCUCCUGCCACGCCUGCUUUUAACGCGGUCGAGAAUACUCCAGCCGCUCCAGCAGCCCCAGAUACAGUCAGGGCCAGCGGCCGCCUCGCGUCAUACCGGGUCCAAUGUGCUCCCGGCGAGACGUUCCCCUGCUCGCGGCUCCAAACAACAUGCUCGGACAGCGGUAUCCUCGUAGCCCAGUUCGAAUGGUGCGCCAACAACUGCCAGUGCAUCCCCGCUUACCUCCCCGUAAUCGCAGAAAGGGGCCAGAUAGUACUCAGUGCAAGCCACGACGCCAGUCCAGCCAACCCGGGCCGUAACCAUUACUACUCAUCGGUCACGGCGAAGAACUUCCCCAUUGACACUACAGCAAUUGUAGAGCCCCAUCAUAUUCAUAUCAACGAGGUUAACUCACUAGCCCACCCGGCCUCACCAAACGUGCAGAGCCCGGCGGAGUCUAUGUCCAAUAAAGUCGCCAGGCAGGUGAACGCCUACAACUUCAACUGCGACAAGCAGUGGAGAUUCAGAAAGUGCCUGGGCAGAGGGACGACUUGCGUCGACGGCGCCGUGAUAUCGAACGUGGCCAACUGCAGGUCAAAGUGCCAAUGUCUCAACGUUGGGAAUGCGUGA